CUGAAACCUUGCUGAAAGCUGUGAACCUUCAGAGAAGAAGGGUGUUCUGCCCCCGGCCACGUGUCCGCUCGCUCCGGCUUCGACGAGUGAGUUGGUCCGACUGCGGCCAUCCUUGCCCCCAUGCGCCAUGGCAAGGGGUGCAGGUCGCCGGCUGGGCGUACUACUGGGACUCAGCAGCCAAGUCGAUGGGAUGACCUGUUUCUCAGAGAUCAAAUUCGGCUGGUGCGAGUUCAGUUCGAUCGAUCCCAGUCAGCCUCCCAGCUGCCCGGACUAUGUGUUUUCCAUCGCUGGAUUUCAGAGAAAGCUGGACUCUCACUACGUGGAGGGGAAGCGUCCACCGCUCCUGGAGGCCUUCUUUGUACAUCGACUACAUGAGGACUACAAGCAAAGCCUCAUAGAGGCUGACUGUCCCAAUCCCCUGAUCCUGGCUGGAUUGUUGGUGAGCGAAGUCUACUUGCUGGCACCUCCAUGGACAGACAUCGAUCGUGCCUUCAACUUGGUGCGUGGAGCGGGCAUCAUCACGGCGCAAGUGGCCAACGACUUCGCGAUGGCCAUCUCGGAGGAAGGCCGACGGCUUUAUGGCGAGGCCAUGCAGCUGGCACGUGAGGCCUCGCCCUUUCAGCAGCACUUGAUGGCGGCCAAGCCACCGGCAUGGCCACUGCACAUCGCGAUCAAGCGCAUCCAGGCGGCGGAGGACGCCGUGGGCGACGCCGUGGGGCAGGCGAUGGAUGUCUUCGGACGGUGGUCCUCGUGCAGCACUGAGAUCGAAGGUCUCACGUUCCACACGGCUUGCACGGGACUCGACGUGGUGGGCAGGGUCGACUUCGUGGUGGCUCACUGUCGAGAAGAUCUCGCUUGGUUAAGCAAGCGCCUCACCCGCGUGCCCCCUGGGGCCAGGCUCCUGGUCUACGAGAAAUGCGGCCAAGCAAUUGCACCAGAAGAACUGGCACAAAAGCUGCCCGCCGGGCAUUUUCAGGCCAUCCACCAGAUCGAGCGAGCCGACAUAGGUGCUGCGCGGGGUGAUGAAUGUUCGGCCUAUUUGACCCACAUCCUGGGCCAUUACGACCGGCUGGCGGACCAGACGAUCUUCUUGCAAAGUGAUCCGAUGGAUCAUCUUCACUUCGAGUUUCUGGAUCUGGUCCUAAGGACCGCCGGACAUUUGCAGAGACGCCAGGUCUCGCCGGGGCCCAUGCAAUUUUUCUUUGGGGGGAAGAGGUCAAGCAACCAGUGUCGGAGUGGUGUUUGAAAGCCUGAACGAAUUUGUGGCGCAAGAAGCGGAUUCUUCUGUAUAUAGUUUUUUUUUCACACCAGGCUUUUGUAGUGCGGAGCACUCCGCUUUUGGCCAGGAGUUGUUUGUUUUUGAAGGUAGUAUAGAACGUGUCAAGAAUGUACAAAAUUGGACCAAAGGUGAAGUGAUGAUCAGUGAUUCAUUUUCAUGCAAAGUAAUCACUGGUCACCUGAAUUCCUGCGAGCAUGAUGAUACAUGACAGUUGUUCAGUGCAGGGUCCCAAUCGGCCCUGUUGGUGAUGAAUUUGGGUGGAGAUGGAUUGAUGGGGGUUGCUCGCCCAGACUGUCCUCAAUACGUGAGGUAUUGUUCCGACCUUUCUUCCUUGCAAAACAACACAGGGAUCAUCCCUUGUCGGCCGUUUUGGUCAUCAGGUCAUCCAGAAGCACAUGAUUGGAUGAGGUGUAGUGGUCCAUCUCGGAGGGCUUUGCGGCUUUGAGACGCCUGUGUUCGCUCUCAUGGCAUCGCUACUAGUAACAAGAAGCUACUUGGCAGUACUACUUGGGGCUGAGGCUGUGUGUUCGGUGAUAUACUGAGCGACCAUGCGAGGGCCAGUGGUUUUGCCUACGAUGUGUCGUGCUGCAGGAGUAUUGCGGCGGGCACCUACAACACGUCCUUCCUCCCGCUGAAUGGACCCCGUCAUGUGCGGACAUUGACGCCCUGCUUGCAAGCCGUCCACGAGGAGAUCUUCCAAGCAAAUCUGACAGAGCUCCUGGGCCCCUACUGCUGUGCGCAGUUUGCUGUGUCUCGGGAGACGAUUCGUAGACAUGACAAGGACUUCUACCUGCGGAUGUUGGGCUUGGUGGAUGGGUCCAAGAACGUCGACCUGUGCGGCAUGGAAGGAACGAAGCGUAGCACACAGUGCUAUGGUUUCGAAUUCCUUUGGCAUGUGGUCUUUGGGCAAGUGCCAGAGCCAGCCUCCAGGGAGGAUGACCCUCAACUGCCGGUGCACCUACGUCUCAAGCACGGGAAGGAGCACACACGGCGAAACUGGGUCGGAAUGCCACUGGCCAGGGAUAUCCCUCUGAAGAUGUUUCCAGACCAAGAGCAUGGGAAUCCCAUGCAUGGCGCUUGAGA